GAACUUAAGACUAACAAUGGUUGGUAAACUGCGGUUCCUAUCUCAUGCCUACGUGCACCGUGAACUGAAACAUCCGGAGAAAAAAUAGCAUUCGCUCGUGUUAUCAAGCAUCAUCAAGUAUGGCGGCGUCCGUGGCAGCGAAGGACGUGAAUAUCUUCCUCAGCUCAAAGCAAAAUGUUCCCGAUAAGGAGCUGGCUGCGGAAUGGUUACAGUUUGAGGAGCUGUAUAGCAAAAGGCUUUGGCAUCAGCUGACACUUAAAUUAGAGACGUUUGUGAAACAUCCAGCGCUCCAGCAGGGAGAUAAUCUCGUGCAAUUAUAUGUUAACUUUCUGUCAACUUUCGAGAACAAAAUAAAUCCAUUGUCUUUGGUGGAGAUAUUAGCACAUGUAAUACAACAAUUCCAAGACAAGCAGGAAGCAAUUAAUUUCUUGGAGAAAACUGAAGCCAAGGUCCAGAGUAACAAUGAGGCUGUCGCCCUAUGUAAGGUCCUCAAAGGACAAAUCUUGUUGGAUAAAUUGAAUAACCAAGAGCAAGCAAAAAAGAUCAUAGAAGAGGUAGAAGCUAUGCUAGAUAAUGCUGAUGGUAUUACAACAGUUCAUGGACGUUUCUAUCUUCUAGCCAGUCGGCUCUAUAGAUUACAAGGCAAACAUGCAGAAUAUUAUCGUACAGCAUUGAGAUAUCUCGGCUGUAUUGAGCUGAACAGCUUGAGUAGGCAGGAACAAGAGCAACAUGCUUUUUUCCUUGGACUCGCGGCGCUCUUAGGAGAGGGUGUUUAUAAUCUUGGAGAACUGCUGGCACAUCCAGUCUUGGAGUCAUUAAGAGGUACAUCAAACAGCUGGCUCGUCGAUCUACUGCAAGCCUUCAAUGCUGGUGAUAUUGUCGCUUUGGAGAGAUUAAAGCCACAAUGGAGCAAAGUGGCUGAUCUGGCUGCACAAGAGUUGAAAUUGAGGCAGAAAAUUUCCUUGCUGUGCCUCAUGGAAAUGACUUUCAAGCGGCAAGCUAACAAUCGGCAAUUGACGUUCGCUGAAAUCUCUCAAGAGACGCGUCUGCCUCUCGGCGAAGUGGAGCUACUGGUGAUGAAAGCUCUCGCCCAAGGUCUUGUGCGAGGUGCUAUAGACCAAGUGGCGGGUACCGUUAACAUGACAUGGGUACAGCCGCGCGUGUUGGAUCGCAGCCAAAUUGCAGGAAUGGUGCAACGUCUUGACGGAUGGUGCAAGGACGUUAGCUCAAUGGAAAAACUGUUGGAAUCCAGAGCCUCCGAAAUUCUUACUCUUUGAAGAGUUUUUUCAGUUAUUUUUGACUUAUUUGUUAUAUCAGUGCAGCGCUGAUUCAUGUAUACACAUAUAACACACCAUGAAGAUACACUCACACACUCACAAUUACAAAAUCAAUUUCCUAACGUAUCGUCAAUGAAUAUAAAUGAUUAUUUCUUA